AUGAAGCCCAUCACGCUGCGUUGUUCAAUGCUCCCCAAAUGGCAGAGGCACCUUAGGGCUGCCAUAUGCGAGUCCAGGUCACAAAAAGCUGGGUUGCGGUCUGGUCAGGUCUCUGGAAGUUAUUCGCAAAGACGGAGGUUCGCGACGCCUGUCGACAUCAAGGUUGCAGACAUAGAUUCGAAUGAUCCCAGAGAAAAGGUGGUGAUUCUCGGUAGUGGUUGGGCAGGUUAUGUGCUAGGCCGACAGCUGGACAAGAGAAAAUACCGCGUCGUUAUCGUCUCCCCGCGCUCCUACUUUGUCUUCACCCCUCUCCUCAACGACACCACCGUGGGGACCCUCGAAUUCCGAAACGUGCUCGAGUCUGUGAGGAAGAAAAAGAGUAGCUUAGAGUACAUUCAGGGCUGGGCAGACGACGUCAACUUUGCGGACAGGACGGUCACCAUUGAACCCUCAGUCCUCGAUCCGGACGUUGGUCACGCAUUGACCGGCCCCAGGAAACCGAACGAACAGCAGACGGCCAGGGGGUACGCUAAAAAAGGUGUCUUCCCUCAUGGGCCAUGGGAAAAGCAGGUGCAGAUGGGUGGGACCGGCUCAGAUCAAGUUCCUACGUUCCCCAUACACUACGAUAAAUUGAUCAUUGCCGUCGGUACCUAUAGUCAGACCUUCGGCACCAAGGGCGUGAGAGAAAAUGCAUGGUUCCUCAAAGACGUAAGGGAUGCAGUUGCCAUCCGUCGUCGCAUCUUGGAAUUAUUCGAACUCGCACGGUUGCCUAUCAUCCCCGAAGACACCAAGAAGCACCUCCUGCACUUUGCGGUGGUGGGUGGUGGUCCCACGGGCAUGGAAUUCGCCGCGUGCCUGUCGGAUUUGCUGAGAGACGACCUGUCCAAAAUCCACCCGGAGCUGAUGAAGUUCGUUCGCAUCAGUCUCUACGACGUCGCCCCCAAAGUCCUGCCCAUGUUCGAUGCCUCACUCGCCGACUACGCUGUCAAACAGUACCGACGCCAGAACAUUGAAAUUAAGACCUCUCACAAUGUCGAAGAGCUCCGGAAGGGGUUCCCCAACGACGAACAAGCUCGCCAGGACCAGGACAGUCAAGUCAAGGGACGCGUCUACACCAUCCGUACCAAAGAAGAAGGUGACGUCGGCAUUGGCAUGUGCGUGUGGUCCACGGGAAACAUGAACAACCCCUUUGUGAUGAAAGCGCUCGAUCAUGUGCGUCGAUUCCCGACAGAGUCGGCACAAAUCACUCAGGGCAAAGUGACCGACCCGAUGCAACGACAGUGGAUCAUCCAGCGUGAUGCCAAAACCGGCGUCAUCUUGGUCGAUGACCACUUCCGGGUGCACCUUACGACAGAAUGCGCCGAGGGCAUGAAGGAAGACGAGAAGCCCAAGGCGUACAUGCAAGACGUUUUUGCAUUAGGCGAUACCAGCAAAUUGAUGUCUGGGGCCCUGCCGGCGACGGCGCAAGUCGCGAAUCAGCAGGCCCUCUGGCUGGGGAAGACGCUGAACAAGUACCCUUCACCCGAAGAGUUUCGGAAACAGCAAGGCUUCACAUUCAGGAACAUGGGGGUCUUGACAUAUCUCGGAGGAGCCAAGGCCAUCCUCCAGGGAGGAAACGGGAACGGGGACGGCAAGGGUGGUGGUGCCGCGAAGGGCAUCAAAGGGUUGGCCGCGUACCUGAUCUGGAGAGGCGCCUAUCUCACCAUGACGCUGAGUUGGAGGAACAAGUUCCUUGUCGUGGUGCAAUGGGUGGCUGUCAAGGUAUUCGGGAGGGAUGUCAGUCGGUUUUAG